AUGUCUCCAGUGACGGAGAAGGGAAAAGCCACGUCAGCUCCGGUGCCUACGGAGAUCAAGCACCGCCGAUGCCUCCGCACCCUGCCUGACGUGGGCAGGCAUGUCCGAGCAUGCCCCCGCUCAGGCGAACCAGCCCCAACGGCCACUCCGAUGCAGAGCAGGACCUGGCCCACCGAAAACAGCAGCGAGAAACACGCCCCCGCCCCGCGCCAGCCUGCGCGCUCCCGCCUGCGCGCUCCCGGGCUGCCCCCCCGCCCCUGCUCCCUCCCUGCCACCCCCGCCGCUGACGUGGCUCCGCUCUCCUCCAGAUACAGCGCACGUCCGCCGCGCCGCUCCGCUCCCAAACCUUCGUCCGCUUACGCACCCCGCGCCGCCGCUCGGUUGCGCAAUGCCGCGCAGUGCCGCGCAAGCCCUCCCCAGCCCUGCCCGCGCCGGUGCGCGGAUCUCUCGGAAGAGUCCUGCGGGGAUUCCCGCUGGCGGCACGGCACGGCACGCCCCGCCCCGCCGCCGGCCGUCACAAUGGUGCGAUCACGCCAUUGGCGGAGGCGCGCUCCCGGCGCCCCUGACGUCACAUCCGCCCGGCGGCGGCUAUAUGAGGCGGCGUUGGGCGGGCAGCUCCCUUCGUCCCUCGCAGCAGGAGAUGCGGGGUGCGUUGCCGCGGCCGCCGCUGCUGCCGCCACCCCCGUGCCGCAGGAAGAGGAGGCGGAGGCUGCCUCCCCCGGGAUGUGA